GGCGGGCAGCGGCAUAUGCCGCGCCCUCAUUGGCCGGCGGUGGGCCGUACCACUGCCCAGGGGUGGCGGGGGACCCCGCCCCGAUGGGCGGGUCCGUGCCCGGGCACAGCGGGCGCGCAGGGCCGAGGGGCCGCGGCCAUGUGGGGCUGUGGCGACCCCGGCGGAGCCGCCGCCUCCGCCACCGUCGUGCUGAGCGGGACCCGCGACUGCUUCCUGCACCUGCCGCCCGCGCUGGCCGCGCUCCUCCGCCUGCAGCAGGGCCAAGCUGUGAAAGUGUCCUAUGGUCAUCAACCAGUAUUUUUGAGCUGGAUGGAAAUCAGGCAUCGAGGUCACCGAGAUGAAAAUAUUGCAGAGAUUAACAGACAGUUAGCAGAGAAACUUGGCAUCACAGAUGGAGAACAGGUAUUUCUUGAACCCUGUUCCCAUGUCUCCUCCUGUCAGCAAGUAGAAGUGGAACCACUCACAGCAGAUGAUUGGGAAAUUCUGGAGCUGCAUGCUUCCUCUCUUGAAAAACAUCUUCUGGACCAGAUUCGAGUAGUGUUUCCAAGAGCCAUCUUUCCCGUAUGGAUUGAACAGCACACUCAUGUUUACAUCAGAAUCGGUGCACUUAUGCCAGCAGCCCCAUAUGGGAGAUUAGAACCAUGCACGGAGCUUCUGGUAUGUCCCAAAACACAUGGACCGGAGGAGAAUGUCACCAGCACACCUUCCACAGAAAAUGACAUCUUACUCAGAAAUUUUGUGAAAAAUAACAUGGAGCAAGAAGAAACAGUAAAGGAUCCUUUUGCCAAACAACCUUACUUAAAGCCUAGAAUCCUUGAACAGAGUAAGGCUGAUGCAAACAUGACGUUUGGCUCAAAUGUUCUCCCAAAUAUAUGGAAUUUCAUGGGGAACAUUUUCUCUCAUACAUCUUUGCAGAAACAAAAGACUUUGUGUGAUAAAGAUGAAAUGAGCACCUUCAAAGACAAGCUGCUGAACUUAAUUCACAUGGAUUCCAUUUUUAGAGUAUGUCAGUCCCAGCCUCCCAGCGUACAGAAUGCAUCUGCCACUCAUGCAUUUCUGAAAUGCAAUGCUAUUCAUGUUUUUCCUUGGAAUUUAGAAUUUAUUGAUUUGGAUCCAAAUCCUGUAGUAUCUUAUGGGAAAAUUAAUGAGCUGCUUUCCCCGAGACAGCGUCACCAAGAAGCAAAGCAAAAUCUGCCACUUGAAAAGCAAAAGCCUUUGACUAGUACGCAAGACAAAAGUCAUUCUGAUUCUAAUAGCAGUCAAGCAUCCAGUGAGGGAUCUGUUGUUCAAAUCGUUUGGAAUGGAUUUGAAGACCUAAAGAGUGUCAUAGAGUAUGGCCACAAUGAGGAAACCCUACAUGUUGGAAGAGUUUGGAUUCCCGAUGGUCUGAGAAAAAAACUAAGUAUUGAAAUACACUCAGCAGUCCGAAUUCAGUCAGUUGAAUCUAUUCCUAAAAUUCCUGUGUCUCUUAUGCUGCAACCCAAACAGAACUUACAUAAAGAUAUACAUGAAGAUGAUGUUAAAUGUGCUUUCAGUUCUUGGCUGCAGGAUUCAAGUACUGAUGAUCACCCGUGGAUGAUGACAAGCAGAGACUGUAUACAUCUAUCUUUUAAAGAAGGAAUGGAGGAGUUUGUCCUUAGUGUAGUGCAUCCUGUGCACACUGAAGAGAAUAAGUCUGAGAAUAUUUUUAUACUGAGUCCCAGUUUGCUGCAAAAGACUAAUAUACAAGUUCUUUUACAUCCUGUAACUAGAAAAGCUGAUGGUGACAGCCAGCCACCUAUGCGUGAUACAGACAAGAACCUUCCAUACCACAAACUAAACAGUUUAGGAGGAGUGGACAAAUUAGGAACAUCUUUAUUUGAACACAUAAGCCACAGUCUUCUGGGGCGUCCUUUGUCUCAAAAGCUGGCUGCUAUUGCUGUGGGACUGCGGAGUGGAGGAGUGCUUCUCACAGGAGGAAAGGGAAGUGGAAAGUCAACGUUAGCAAAGGCCAUCUGCAGAGAGGCUUUCGAUAGACUGGAUGCUCACGUAGAAGUAAUUGAUUGUAAAGCUUUAAGAGGAAAAAGAUUAGUAAACAUAAGGAAAAACGUGGAAGAAGCUUUUUUAGAGGCAGCAUGGAGACAACCAUCCAUUCUUUUGAUGGAUGAUCUUGAUCACAUUGUUGGAGUACCUUCUACACCAGAGCAUGAGAACAGCCCUGAAACCGUUCAAAGCAAUAGACUUGCUUAUGUUUUGAAAGAUCUAAUCAAAGAAGUUAUUUCCAUGGGGAGUUUGAUUGCAUUAAUUGCCACAAGUGAGUCUGAACAUUCCCUUCAUCCUUCCCUGGUUUCAGCACAAGGAACACACAUAUUCCAGUGCUUCAAAUGUAUCCCAUCUCCGGAUCAGAAGCAAAGAUGUGAAAUGCUGUAUUCCAUAAUAAAAAAGAAACUGAAUUCUGAUCCUAAGAACUUUUCUGAUCUUGACCUCCAAUGUAUUGCAAAAGAAACGGAAGGUUUUGUUGCCAGAGAUUUUACUAUGCUGGUUGAUCGUGCUGUUCAUACCUGUGUUUCUAACCAGAAUGCAUUGGAUAAUGGUGAAUUGAACCUAUCAACUGUGGAUUUUCAGAAAGUUCUGAAAGAUUUUACUCCAGUAGCUCUGAGAAAUGUCAACCUUCAUAAACCUAAAGACCUUGGCUGGGACAGGAUUGGAGGCUUAAAAGAUGUGAAGCAAAUACUCACAGAUACCAUCAUGUUACCUGCAAAGUAUCCAGAAUUAUUUGCGAACUUGCCCAUACGACAGAGAUCAGGAGUCUUGCUGUAUGGAGCACCUGGAACAGGAAAAACACUGUUAGCAGGAGUAGUUGCAAGAGAGAGUGGAAUGAACUUCAUCAGUAUCAAGGGACCAGAGCUGCUCAGCAAAUACAUUGGAGCAAGUGAACAAGCAGUUCGAGAUAUCUUUAACAGAGCUCAGGCAGCUAAGCCUUGUAUCAUUUUCUUCGAUGAGUUUGAUUCUAUUGCUCCACGCCGAGGUCAUGACAACACAGGAGUUACUGACCGAGUGGUUAACCAACUGUUGACUCAGUUAGACGGUGUGGAAGGCUUACAAGGGGUUUAUGUGCUAGCUGCUACUAGUCGCCCGGAUUUGAUUGACCCUGCUUUGCUAAGGCCAGGUCGACUGGACAAGUGCCUGUACUGUCCACCUCCUGAUCAGAAUUCACGCUAUGAAAUCUUAAAAGCUCUCAGUCAUUCCCUGUCCUUGGCAAAUGAUGUGGACUUUCAGGAUUUGGCAGCAAAAACAGAGCAGUUCACGGGGGCUGACCUAAAAGCUUUAUUAUACAAUGCCCAAUUAGAGGCAAUCCAUUCUAACCUAAAUUUAGGUUUAACACAGGAUUUUGGAUCUAGUUCUGAUAGUGACUUCAGUCUCUCUUCCAUGGUUUUUCUAAACCACAGCAGUGGCUCAGAUGAUUCAGCAAUAGAUGGAGAAGCAGGGCUAGAGCAAUCUCUUGUUUCUUUAGACAUGUCUGACUUGCUUCCUGAAGACCCAAGGUCCAAUAUGUAUCGUAUUUAUUUUGGAAGCUCUUAUGAAUCAGAGAUGGGAAAUGGAACUCCUUCAGAACUGAGCUCUUUGUGUUUGUCCGGACCAAACUCCAUCACUUACGACUUUACCAGCCUGACUCAGAGAGAUGUAGCAUCCUCACAACCUUCAAUGCUCAGAGUAGCUUCUCAAGAAGGCUCCCUGGAGAACAACCAGGAGCAGCAAAUAGAGCACCUGAGGACAGAAGUCAGUGCUAUCAAAGCCAAUAACAGAAGCAAGAACGGAGAGGACAGCACCCUUAAUCAGUCAGGGCUUGCCAAGACCACUUUAAUUAUUACCCAGUCCCAUCUGAUGACUGCACUUCAGGGUAUGAGACCAUCCAUUAGUCAAGAUGACUGGAAGAAUUUUACUGAACUGUAUGAUAAUUUUCAGAAUCCCAAGAAGAGGAAAGGACAAGGUGGCUCAACAUUCAGACCAGGACAAAAAAUUACUCUAGCUUAGUAACUUGUAUUUGUUUGUAAUUGCUAAACUGUAACUGGAAAUGACAAAUGUGAUUAAAUCAGAUUAUUUAUAUUCAUAUGGAUUUAUUAAUGCAGCAGUUGAAGAGAAGUUUCUUUUAAAUUUACAUGCUGUAAGAUUAUGUCACAUUUUAUUUUGAAGAAAAUUGUCUUCCUUCAGAUUGAUAUUAAAUUUUUUGAGAGAACAUUGGUUACAUUCUGUCCUGUUGUUUAUCACAUAAACUUUUAAAUCUUGGGUUUUAUCAAUAUAGUUGCCAAAUCCUAACAAUGAUUUCCUGUCCCUAUUUAUUCCCUCAGAAAAAUAGAAUCUGUUUAAAUAAACUGUAAUAUAUAAUGGUAGAAAUGUUUUUUUUUUUAAAAACUAUAAAGCCAUUCUAUAAUGGCCUUUGGAGGGCUUAGAGGAGGGUGGUCCUUUAUGUGUUUGUUGGUAGGCAGCUAGACUAAUACUUUCAGAAUAACUAUAGCAAAAAAAAUCCCAACCAAGAUAAUUGUAUCUUGUUUUAUGCCACUGUUUAUUAAUCAGAAGAAUAUCAAGUUACAUUUCAGAAGUAGUACCUUCUUAUCCCUACCUUUUCUUCUUGGAGACCAUAAAAAGCAUUUCUCAAAGAGAGUUUCUUGCUUGAAUUCUGUGGGUAUUUGCACCACAUGAAAUUGGGAGAUUGGACUACAAUCGAUGUCAGUGGACAGGUAAGGAUUUGCUUCUCUCUCACAAGCAUCAUUUGAGAAUAACCCAUGUACAGCUGCCACUUGAGAACCUGGGCUUAAGGUUCAAUUGCUUUAGUUUUCCCGUUUCUGAAAUAGCCCAAGUGGUAACAAUCUGCCAUAGGCACACUGAAAUGAAGUUCUGUUGCCUAAGGUUUAGUGGCUGUUCCAGUGAUGCAGCAAAGAGAUGUAGGAUAACGUACUUUCAGAUGCUCAGGUAGGGGUUGGUAAAGAAAUACUAAAUCAGUUCACUGGUGUUCACAUCACAAGUGUGAGUCAGACUAAGAAAUGAAGUGGGAAAAAUCAGUCCUCUAUAUCCUCUAGCAGCUGGCAGGGCUUUUGUAAGGCUCCCAAGUACCCAAGUAUUCGACCUUCCUGUGAUGUCCUACAGCAGCAGUGUCAUGUCAGCUGCUAUUAGAUAACCAGGGCAGAUCUUGCACCUCUCAACUGUCACACACCAGCCUCCAAAAGUCUUUAAUAGCUUGAAUUAGUUUUAAAUGUUUUUGUGAAAACUGGUAUUUCAGGGGAAAAGUCACUCUGCAAAUCCUGGGUGCAAAAAGAUGAUCCUUUUCUUCAUUGUUUGCACAAAACCAGCUCUUGAGAUCCUGCAGUAAUGAUUAUUAUCUGAUUAGGCACAGCUGUAGCACAGUACAUAUCUUGUGAGACCCAGUGAAUAAGUGGAUGCUGACACUAGAUUUUGGUACAUCAGAAAUUAUAAGAAGUCAUAAGCUGUUGGGCAAUUUCCCUUAUUCUAGAGAUCAGCAACUUUGUAGAAUAAAAAGCAAAGAAUAAACCUCAAAAUAUUUGGAACCACCCAUAAAAUGCUGUCAAUGCCAUAUUAUUCCACCACAAGCACUGUGAGGAUUAAAGCCAUUUACAUGGUUUUGUGCCAUUUUUCUGUUUGGAAGAUAAUUGAGUCCUUCAAAUGAACUUGUUACAGAUUCAGUGCUAAUCUCCAUUUCCUUAAUGAUUGCCAAGUUUCAGGAAACAGUAAUAAAAUUAUUUCUUAAUAAUACAUAGUUAAUACAAUGCUUGUAUAUUGCUGAAGUGCUGCUGAAAUAAUGCAAUAACUAGAGCAUCAUGACCUUUUUUAGAUGCUAAAAAGCUACAACAGGAGCUUUUUGGUGCAUUACUGUUUUAGUGUUCCCCCAGAAUUAACUCAUCCCAUUUUCUAAUGCCCAUUUUUCCAGGAGUUAAAAACCUGAUAAUUUUCUCAAUGUCUAAAAGACCAAAAUUCCUUCAUUAAGGACAGGUUUACAGUAUAAUGUAGAAAAAACCCACUUGAAGUCAGAGUAUCGAAGCUUCCUUCUUCUAUGGAUCCUGGGGAGAAAAAGGUCACGGCUUCCCUCACAUCAGCACCUGCCUCCACACUGACCCCAACUCUCCUUCUUUCCAUGUCUAGGUGAGCAGAUCCCAUCGUCCUUCCCCACCAGCUGUCCUAGUGCCGCAGGUCCUGCUAACGGAGCCACAUCUUGGUGAAGACGGUGGGUCUAAAGCAGAAUUCCUGCACUGGAAAGCAGGAGGUCUGCUGGGAUGGCAUGAGGCACACGGGGAUUGUUGUCCUCUGUCGGUGAGGGAUGUGGGGCCCUGCACCGCGGAGCACCAGGGAGGGUCGGUCUGUCCUACGGGGCGGUGGUUGGGAGCCGCCCCAGUGCCGUGGGCAGCCUCCCCAGCGUGUUCCUCCUUCCUCAAGCAGCUGGCGUGGGUGGCAGGCAGAGGGAGGAAUGCUUAUCAGAAAUGUUCAUUUAAUUUUCUAAUGCUUUUAGGUGAAUGUCUUAUUCCAACUCCAUACUAUGGUGAUGUAAAUUCCAAAAUGUGACUAUAUGUCGGAACACAGCCUGUUCACGUGCCCUUGUCCAGUGAGGUGAAGCUUGAGCCACUCACAUACAUUAGCAAACGUUUCACAGGGAACAAUCCAAAAAACCCAAAAGUGCAAACUGAGGCCAAAUGAAGAGAUGGGACCCAUGAAGAGCUUUUUGAGACAGCCCAUCUCUUUCUGAGACUGCAGCAUGGCAGUAGGCUGCUGCCAUCAGAUGUGCAGGAUUGCGUCCAUUCUGUGCACACUGACAGGCUGGAUUAUAAUUUGUCAGCUCUGUCACUCCUACUAUGAGUAAAUUUGGUUUGCAAAUGUUUUCCUUUAAGCGUUGCAAGAUGUUUCUGUCACGUAACUUGUGUAACAUUGGUUUCCCCUUGGAAAACUGUCUUUUUAUCUUAAUGAUUUUUUUUCUUCUGUAGGUGACUGGUGAAGAAAGUCACCCUUUUCAGUUAACAGUUGAAAAAUUAGAAGCUGCAUUACAGAGAGCUAAAAAGCAGGUAUCAAUAACACUGAUCUCAGAUUUUCACGCUUUCCUCCUUGUUUUGUAAGCAGCAUAUGUUCUCAGCAUUGAAGCACAUGUAUGGUUUCAUCUCUGCAGAUUUUCAAUCUUGUGACUCAAGUGGGUCCAACUCUGGCAACAAGACCUGAUUUUAUAAUCUGGGCACUGUAACAAAAUGCAGAGAAACUCCCUGACUGUAUUUUAUGAAGAACAGAUCUUAAAUUUUUUUUGAGAUCGAGUUUCUUUCUCUGUAGAAUGUAAUGGAAUUCAAAGUGUUGUAAAAAGAUAUUGUUCUGACCCUCAGAAGAGAAACAAUGCUACUGUAACAACCUACUCAGAUAAUUAAAGAAAUAUGUCCAAUGUGAUUUUGAAGAGGGUUCUUCUUAGUUCUAGCUAACAAGAAAUUACCAACAAACAAAAAAUUGCAAAUGUAACUUUUCCAUAGUUUAGUAAACCUAAUUCGUUCAAAAUACUUAGCAUGAUUAGUGAUUCUAUUCUGACUGGGACUGCAUAAAUGAGGACAGUAUUGCUUGUCACAUAUAAAUUUUUUUUUCUAACAUUCCUUUCUGUAUUUUAAACUGCUUUUCUUCCCUGUGGAAAUGCUUGGUUUUGUAAAUGUCCACAAAAUAGUGCUCACCAGGCUAAAUUGUUUCCUGAUUUUUUUGUCUUAAUACUCAUAAUUCAAUCACUUGAUGGAAAAUUAUAAAUGCACACACACUGAAGUGUUUGUGCUCUUCCUUGAAAAGAUCCAACAGUGGCAAGACAGGCAAAACAGUACGACAGCACAGUAAAACAUUUUACCAAAGAUGUGGUGAUGAUGGUAAUGAUGUUUCAAAACAUGAAGCGAGAGGGACUUCUUGUGUCCUGUUCCAGGAUAGAAAACAAAGUUUAACAGUAGACAAAGCAUAUUGUUACAAGGCAGGUCAUUUAGAAAGCUCAGUUUCAAGGAAGGUGACAUACAAAAAGUGGGUGUUUUGGAUACACACAAAUGUGUGCCUAACAUUUUUUUUUUAGAUAUAUUGAAGCUGUCCUAGUUAUCUAAUUGCUUGAUCAGCAUGGUGCUAUGUUUAGACACCAUCUGUCUGUGUCUUUGCCAGCCCAUGGGAGCCUGAGCAUUCAGACCCUCCCACUAUAUCCUAGCAGAGGGAGGCAGCCCACAUCCCUGCUGCAUCACUGUGGCUGUCAGGAUGGAUCACAGACCAGAUUAACUCUUUAGAGCUCUGCAUGUGUUUGUCAGCCUUCUGGAGCUGAAAAUGUUCUCAUGAAUUAUAUUAUAGGCAGCUUCUUUGGGUACAUGUAAUAUCAUAAAUAGCUGAAGGAACUAGGCUAGAAAAGCAAUAGUGAAACUGCCAUCCCAGAGCAGUUGAACCUAUGAACAAUCAAUAAAAACCUCAGUCAACAUCUUCUGCUUAGGACACAUCAGAGGUCACAUACACUAAAUAUGCUCUCAGGUAAUUUCUUCUUGUAGCUGGAAUCAAAGGCAAUACACUGAAAGUUCACUGCUUGUUAAGGUCUUGCUCACAGUACCCACUGACAUUCAGAGACAUUGCACUUCCCUUGUGGAAGGGAAAGUUAAGUAUCAGGGCUUCCUCAUCACUGAACUUUAUUUUCUAGAGUUCUUUGGGAGUUGGUCUUUGCAAAUAAUCUGAUUUGGAGAAGUCUUGGGCGGAGUGAGAAUUUGCAGUGGGUGAGGUUUUCUAAACAUUAAAAAUAAAGAAACAAAACAUAAUUAUUUAAUUUCAUCCCAAGCAUGAAGUAAUAAUGCAGCACACCAUGUUGAAACAUUUAGUCUUGAAAGCUUGUGCUAUCGUUGUGCACAUAUUAUGGACUGUAUAUUUUAAUCAGAAUACUGAGAGUACUGAAUCAGGGAAUACUCCAAUUUUGCUACACUUUUGGGUCUGGCAAAAUGUUUUUUAUAUUCAUGAGCUCUCUCUAAACAUACACAACUCUCAAGUAUUAUAUACAUCUUUUUGUAUAUCAUGCUAAGCGAGUACUUUCUGAGGAAGCAUUUAGAUUUUUGCCCUCGGCUCCCUUUCAGAUUAUUUCUGUGUGCCUGUAUUGACUGGAUAGCAUUUUCAUACAUUAACUAUAAAAACCCCUUGGAGAUCUGUAAUGUAUGCUCAAUUGACAGCAUUGUAUGGGGACUUUUUUGCUUUGUUUUUGAUAUUUGUUGGAGUGUUUUUUUAAAUAUUUGCAGAAUUAAUUCUUUGUUUGCUCAAUUAUUUAGAUUUGGUGAGAGAAAACUAGAGCUGCAAAAUUAACAGACUGCUGCUAUAGAGACACAGUAGGAUUGUCUCACUGUGGAUCCCUAUACUUUUGAAACUUCUGCCUCCGUUCCCAGUCGGUCUGACCAAGGAGCAGACGGUUGAUGCAGACAGAUCAACAGAGGGAUCUUUGCUCUACAUGAGAAUGGCAACGGUGUAUCACACAUGCCACUCCUUUAUGGCGGUAAUGUGAUUUUUUUUUUCUUUUGUCUUGUUAAAAGAUCUGUGAAAUAGAGUUCCCCCAGAUCUUGCACUGAGUUUUACACUAAUCUUCCGUAAGAGACAUAUAAGACUUUCUUCUGCCUUGAAGUACUGCAGUAAGUUGGUCAAAAAUAUUGUUGGUAACUGAAAGCUGAGGUGAAUGUUUUAGUUUCUUUUCUGAUGGUCUCAACUUAUUCAGGGUGAGCUGUUAGUCCUGCCAAACAGGUUAAGCUUGAUUAGAAAGCCUACUGAAGCUGCAUAUUGCAAUGUGUUCCUGUCAUUGUCCCACAGUAUUUGUUCCUAGGUAUAGCCUUAUAUGGAUAUGUUAAGUUUCAACAUAUCAUUUCCACUUACCAAAAGAGCAAUUAAGCCCUAGUCAGGCUCUGCAAACCUAUCAGGCAUGAAGCGAUUGCUUUUGGUUUUGUUUUGGCCAACAAUAAAAUGCCAAAUCUACUUCCUUUUCCUCCACAGUUUGCAGUCAACUUCUCAUGAAAAGGGACAAAUCUGUUAUCUUGCCUAGCAGCAGUCUGUUACAAAGCACUUUAGAAACAGAGAUCUAAAGAAGCAGGAAGAGUGAAACAGAAGUUAUCAGGAUCAGCACCAUGGAGAACUAUUGAUUCUCCUGACACAAAAGGCUUUGCUUUCUCACACUCUGUAUGACCAUCCCACUCUUGGUUGUAUGAGAAGAUGAACACAGGUAAGAUUUUCAAUAAGAUUUACUACCUUUUAUUUGCUUAUAACCUUUGAUGAUGUUCUGUUGAAUGUGCAUUUAAUUUUUAAACACUUAUGCCAUGACUACUUUGUGCAGCCAGACUUUAUAGCUGGUUUAUGCACCCAGCACUGAACCGAUAGGUGCACAGAGAUCAUGGAGAUCUCAUGGAGAUCUCACAGGCUUUGUUUUUUGAGCAGCAUUGAUGAAGCUUUCCCUUGGUCAUUCAUUAUGCUGCUACAGUAGAUUCCCACCUUGAAGUUCGUGGUAAGUAGCUCUUUUGUGACAUUUUGGAAGGUGAGAAACACGUGAUAAAAACAACCCGGUCCAAAACAAGCAUCAGUGAAACAGAAGAUGGGUUAGCAAGAUCUCGGGGAAACAGGCAUCCCACCAGAAAAGCGAACAGGGAAGAUCUCCUGGAAUUCUACCUCCGUAUGCAGGAUGAGCAAGAUGACAUCUUCACUCUGCCAUGUCCUAACUCCUUGAGGAGAGGUAACUAGAAAAUUCCCUACAUAGAUUCCCACAAUUUGGGAAAUAGAUACUCCUGAGAAGGGCACACUGAUUAAAAGAACAGGUUAUCUUUGCUUUGAUUCUUAAUGGCCUACUGAAAUCAAGGCUUGGGAGAGAAGGGGUUCCCAAAUUCUGCUUACAUAAUUCAGAUUCACUGCCACAAGCAGCCUUACCAUGUGAUUUUAUCUAAAUGUGACCUAAUCAGAAUGAAAGGGAACAUCAAUUGUGUAGGAUACUACGAACAUUGAAAAGGAUUAUCAGAGUUUGAUCUUCUGAAGACAAAAAUAAACAUUUCUACUGAAAUUCCCUAGAGAAAGAUUUAUGUUAAGAAAAAAAAAAAUAGCUUGUGUGUGUUUUGAACCUGCAUCAGCUGACAGGACUGCUUUACAGCAAGGUACAUUACACCAAAAAAGGCAGAGGGGAUGGUCUUCAGAAAGGAAGUGGACACAAGGACCAUGAACACAGAUUGUGUUCCUGCUGUCCUCCAAAGAAUGCAGCUUUGCCCCUAAAGAAAACUUAAACUGCUUCAUGAAAAAAGAGGAACACUCCUGCUCUGUUCUCCCUAAAUGAAGGAGUUCAGAAGAUUUUGCAGGAGCCCAAAUUAUCAUAUGUAAGCAAACAGAUGCCUGAGUUUACUGUUCUGGGUCAGCUACAGGGGCAAUGCCCAGCACAGGAUAAUCUUGGUAUUUUCAGGUACAACCAACCUGUCUGUCUACAACUAGAUUCCAGUUCUACUUCUGUUUUGUUAAACAGACAUCAAAGUACUUCAGUGUUUCAUAAAGAUGCAUGAACCACCUGGAGAUGUCAUCCAUGAAGAAGUUGUUAUUGAGACUGAAGUUACUGAAAUAGAGAAGAAAAAUAAUCUCACCAAAGCUGUAAACCAAAUGCAAGAAUAACAAAUCACCAGCUAGAAGGGCUGAAAAAAAAAAAGCAAGCAAUUUUCCAAAAGAUGAGUGUGACUGUGUGGGUGAGACAGUUGCCAAAUACAAAAUUCUGUUGUCAAUGAUCACAAGACUCUGUGGUGGGGGGCACACAAAAAUAACUAUUAACAACUAUUAACUAUUGUAAAAGUAUUUCUGCUUGAACAUAAUGCUCAUUUAUAAUUUUGGAGAGAUGUACUCUGUUAGCUAAGAGAUGUACCAAUUCUAUCUGUGUGAAAAUAGAAUAAAUUUAUGAUUUUUCUGAUCUUUGUAAUUCAGUAAGUGUAAAGAGCAGUUGAAACUACAAUACUAUAUUAAUAUUUUUGUUCUCAGUUCUAUAAGACCAUUUAAGGUGUUUAUUUAUCACAAUAUACAAUAUAUUGCCAAUCACAAUAAA